AUGCAGCGUCAGGAGCCACACCCCCAGCCACCUCCGCCUCCGAGGCCACGUCCGCAGUACCAGACCGACCAGCACCACGCCCAGAACCGGGAAUCUCACAAGUCACGGCGCGACAAGCAGCACCAGCUAUACCACCAGUGUCAGCAGCAUCUGCAGUCACAGCAGCAGCAACCCUUGCAGCCACAGCAUCAGUUGCCAUACUCUACGCCCGAGUACCCGCAAAAGCGUAGGGAAAAACCAAUCAUAUCCCCGUCGCGCUCGCCGGCCCAGUCCAAGCCGAUGCCGUCUCCGAGCAAUGACCCAAAUUUCUCUUACUCAUCCCUCAUGAGAGGCCAGAACACCUGGGAGCAUGAGGCAGGCAAUGAGGACAUUCAGAUUGACGAGGAAUGGAUCGAGCGCAAUGGCGCCUUCGCUUGCAUCUGGGCCUUGACCUACAAGCUGCCCACCAAAGAGUCUGAGGAGAUGGCCAUGAUGACACCGCCCGGCCGCAGGAAGAAGGCCUGA